GCAGAGAGAAAGGAGCGAGAACCAUGAAGGAAGACCUGACUAGUGUGUCUCAUUGGAGCAUGGCUUUCAUUGACUGUACGAACCCCACAGAUCCGUCCGAAAAGAAAAAGGGAAUAAAGGGGAGAAACUGGAAAAACAGAAUGGCACUCUUCUUGAAGACAAACUCAGCCCAUGCUGUAUCAAAUCUAAGAAAGAACAAAUCGCACAGGCCGACUGCAGAUGAUGUGACCCAGUGGGCGCAGUCACUUGACAAACUACUCAGUCAUAAAUAUGGAAAGGUGGCCUUUUGCAUUUUUCUGAAGACCGAGUUCUGUGAGGAAAACAUUGAGUUUUGGAUGGCGUGUGAGGAUUUCCGGAUGCUCUCAUCACACCAACAAUUGACAUCCAAGGCCAACAGCAUUUACGAGGAGUUCAUUAAAAGUGAUGCUCCCAAAGAGGUCAACCUUGACUUUUACACAAAAAACAAGAUCAUCCAGAGUCUCAGUGAGCCUAAUGUGUCCAGCUUUCUGGAAGCCCAGGGAAAAGUCUACAGCCUGAUGGAGAACGACUCCUACCCAAGGUUUAUCCAUUCUGACAUCUACAAAGAACUGUUGGCAGCUGCAAGGAGACGACGUUAAGGGCUUACGCGUUUAGUCUAAACUGUGCGAAUGGAUGAAAAUCAGAUCGCAGCACGGCCUCAGCCAAUGGGACCCUAAUCUUUCUGUUUUUGAGCAUAAACACUCGCAGCAGCUGUGGGAUAACACAACUGAAGCUGUUUUAAGCUUCUUUUUCAAAUAAGUACUUUUAUGACGCUUGCACAAUGAAGCGGAAUUUCACAGCCUGUUGAGAUUCACAUCACUUUGUUAUUUUUACGACUAUUUUAUUUCUCUCUGCUACUUUGAACUGUAUCCUGUGGUUAUACAUAGCACACUGAAUCAAAGUAGAGGGUACUGUACAGUAUACUGUAUAGUCAAUGCCUUUGUACCACUGAAAUGCCAGUGCUGUUUGACGAUACUUUGACAACAUAAAACCUGAAUGUUUUUUCCCACUUACGUGUUUGCACCAUUGCACACAAACAGUCUGAUUAUACUUGACUUUAACAUGACUUGCCGUUUAAUCAAACAUCAGAUCUGAUAAAAUGUACAGUAUUUCAUGAUCAUGUAUUUUAUUAUGUUCGGGACAGCAGGCCCGCUCUAAUUAAAACACAUUUUUC